AUGAUCCGCCCGGAGGACGCCAUCAGGAUGCCUCGCUCGUACCGCAGUGACGUGGACGAGGAUGAUGUGAACAGACGAACUCCGGAACACAACAUACUUUCCUCCUCCUCUUCCUCUAACAACGAUGGAGCGACCAAAAGCGAAGAUGAGAUGACACUAGUAAAUGGGUCUGCCGGGGAUGGGCGCAGCAGUAGCCUCGGCAAACAUCAGACGGGUCCCCGUCUUUUGUCACCGGAUGAAACGAUUGAAUUGGCACGUCGUGCCGUGGAGAAUGGGAUCCAAGAGACCAAACGCUCUUUGGCUGGCAGCGAGGCAGUCAGCGAUGUGGUGAAACCCAAGUUGACCAUCGAUUUGGGCCACUCCAACAUUGUCCGCAUACCCGAGGCGGUAGUGGACACCAUCAAGGAUGAAGUGGAAAGGCUUUCUCUAUCGAACAACCAUCUUUUCCAUAUCCCCUACCGAUUUGCCGAAUGCUCCCAUCUUCGUUAUCUCAAUAUUCGGGCAAAUAGUUUUCGAGAAUUCCCCAAAGGGGUAUACAAGUUGCCGCUUCUUGAGAUAUUAGACAUCAGUCGCAAUAAGAUCAGCCACCUUCCGGAAGAAAUCAAGAAACUGUCCUCUCUCCGGGUUUUAUCGGUGAUGCAAAACCGCCUUGACGAUUUGCCUCUAGGGAUCUCCGACAUGAAUAAACUUCAAAUUCUCAAAGUCGCCGGCAACCCCUUGCGGGGCCCCCUGCGACGGCUUCUCGAGACCUCUGAGACAGAAUUUGCCCCCUCGACCAUGACAGACAAUGAGAAAGAAGUCGCGGUCACUGCCGAACUCAAGAGGUUCUUGAAGACCAAACAGCCCGUUACGGCUCUGGAAAGCGAGAGGCACGAGAUCAGGUACGGACUUGACCCUCAUCCAGAUGUCACCAGCUCACACUGGCUUUCCAGCGAGGGCAUGUUGGACACGCCUAAGCCCGUCAAACGCGGAGUGAGCAGUCGGUUUCCUGUCAUCCCAAGCACCGGUGACAUCUCUUCGGAUCCCAAGUCACCGUCACUGUCUCGACCCCCGCCGAUUCCUCUCAAAUCUCACUACCGCAUCGCUUCGGGGCAGCACUCGGUCUUUCACAGCGGCUUUCUCCCACGGCCCGGGGCCCGGCCUAUCGCUGGAGUCAAUGAACGCAACCGGAGCAACAGCGAAGGGAUCAUCCAGGCCUCGCUCGCGGCGCGCAACAAACGGAUGGGGGUCAUUCGGAAGAAUACCGAUUUAGGGACGCUGGACGAGACGCGACCGUACCGGAACAGUCAUCUACGGGGUCUCAGUUACGGCUCGAUUCUGCGCACGAGGCCCAUUGCAGCCGUGUGUAACAGCAACUCCUCCAGUCCCAGUAGCCCGAGGGAACGCAGGCGCUUAAAGGAUGGCUUUGUGAAUCGGAUGUCGAGUCUCCCGGAACAUAAGGGCGAACGAGAAAGAGCAGAGCCGAUCAUUGAGUGUGCCAAGGGGAUUCUGUUCGCCCUUUUCCAGGUCCAAUCGAAUGUGUAUUCCCUGAUCAAUGUGAUCAAACGCGAUGAUGCUCGGCGGAACAGUCUCGAGAUCGUCUUCUACAAUGCCUCUACCCACGUUGAGCGACUGAAUGAGGCCAUUGAAAAUGCGGAGCAUAGUCGCUCCGGUGAUGUGGACGCCGUGCGAACAUCGAAUGAGGCUGUCAAACGGGAAUGUGAAACAUGCAUCAUCGCGUACACCCAUGUGGGAACCCAACUGCGUAACAGCAUCGACAAGAUCGUCACCAACGGCGACCCCCGCUACCUGCGUUCCUUGAUGCUUAUGAUAUUUGGCAGCGUGGUUGAACUGCGCAACGCCUGUGCGAGCUUGCGCGUUCCCCUCCAAGCUCGCAAGCGGCCUUCUGUGGCGAAGCCGCCUAUACCGGAAAUCAAAGAGUCUGCUGGUUCGGACCGAUUCCUGGGGCCCACCGUCACUCCAACACGGGGGAGAGCGCCAUCUUUGUCGACGCGUCGGUACCGAAGCGACACCACAAUCCAGCACCCCCAGAUCACUACGACGGGGCCUUUCCAGGCGGCCCAGAACUACCAAUCUGCCGUCAGCUCGCCUGGGUUUGCUCCAACGCCUUUUAGCUUUGGCGCCCGGAGCCGGUCGAGCAGCCGGUCUAAUCAUAUCAAUACCUCGGUGCCGUCCUCUCUCGCAACUCCUCGUUCAGGCGAGUCCUUCCCCCCAAUGCCCAGCGCCGUUGUCCCUCGGAUCAAUCCUUUGACGGGCCUGGAUGAAAUUGAAGAGGAGCGCAUUUUUGAAAAGAUUUUCUACCAGCUUACCUCCGCCUACACCGCCGCCCUCCAAGCGCUGCCUUUGGCGCGCCGUCAGCUGGUGCGAUGCCAUGAGGUAGCGGAGCAAGAACACGAAACGGAAGGCAUCUUGAUGCUAUGGAACAACCUGAUUCGCCGGUGUCGAGUGUGCUUGGAAGUCUCCGAGGCGCUGGGGCUUCGUCUCUCCAACAUGAAGGUGAAGGAGCCCGGCGGCGGAAUGCGGAACCAGCGGGAGUUCUGGCAACUUUGCAAGGCGUUCAUGCAGUCCUUUGUCGACCUCGUUACCGACAUGCGGGAAGUUCGAGGUAUGCAGCUUCUUCCCGGUGACCUCAUUGUGAUCCUUCGUCCCGUGCAGAGGGCCAGCCGGGAAGCUGGUCGGUUGAUCGAUGCUUCGCCGUGGUCUUAUCUUGCAGAUAUGGCCCCCGGCAACGCACCGGCCAACAUCUACGGGCCACCGUUGCAAUCCCAGCAUUUGCAGCACCAGACGUCCGUGUCGAAUUCGAGCAGCUUUCAUAUCAACUCCAGUGCAUCCCCACAAUCGAUCCAUCUCCCUGCGACACCGCUGAGUGCUGCCCUUGGACCAGCGGCGCAGGCGACGGUGCCAUCUACCCCCGCGAGUGCGUACAGUGACAAAUUCUUCGAAGGCGAUGUAUUUCAGAGAGCUGACUCGUUGCUCUCGAUGCCCAAUCAGGCACCGUUCUUCAGACGGUGA